AUAUAAUAUCAUCGAUAAUAUUACCAAGUCAUUGACUUGAGCUACAAACUCUCUUCCCCUUCUUUGUUUGUAUUGGUUAUUUGCAGAAAUGUUGAUAUUCACUAUACCGCAGUUUUUCUUCGCAGCAUGGGUCAUGGUUGUAUCACUACAAAUGCAAGGGUAUAUAAGUUGCAUCGAGAAGGAGAGGAAGGGAUUGUUGGAGCUCAAGGCUUAUGUGAACAAGGAAUAUUCAUAUGAUUGGUCUAAUGACACGAAGAGUGAUUGUUGCCGAUGGGAAAGAGUGGAGUGUGAUCGUACAAGUGGACGUGUGAUCGGCCUCUUCUUGAAUCAAACAUUCAGUGAUCCAAUCCUGAUAAAUCUUUCCUUGUUUCACCCCUUUGAAGAAUUGCGGACUUUAAACUUAUAUGAUUUCGGAUGCACAGGCUGGUUCGAUGAUAUCCAUGGGUAUAAAAGCCUUGGGAAAUUAAAAAAACUUGAGAUCCUCGAUAUGGGUAACAACGAAGUCAAUAACAGUGUCUUACCCUUUCUAAAUGCCGCUUCUUCGCUUAGAACUUUAAUUCUUCAUGGAAACAAUAUGGAAGGUACUUUUCCAAUGAAAGAGCUAAAAGACUUGAGUAAUCUAGAACUGUUGGAUCUAAGUGGGAACUUGCUCAAUGGCCCUGUGCCAGGCUUGGCGGUUUUGCAUAAGCUUCAUGCUUUGGAUUUAAGUGACAACACAUUUUCUGGAUCAUUAGGAAGAGAAGGUUAUAAAAGCUUUGAGAGAUUGAAAAAUCUUGAGAUCCUUGAUAUUAGUGAAAACGGCGUCAAUAAUACUGUCUUACCGUUUAUAAACACGGCUUCUUCGCUUAAAACUUUAAUUCUUCAUGGAAACAAUAUGGAAGGUACUUUUCCAAUGAAAGAACUUAUAAACUUGAGAAAUCUAGAACUGCUGGAUCUAAGUAAGAACCAGUUUGUUGGGCCAGUGCCAGACUUGGCAAAUUUUCAUAACCUUCAAGGUUUGGACAUGAGUGAUAACAAAUUUUCUGGGUCAAACAAAGGACUUUGUCAACUGAAAAAUUUACGAGAGCUUGAUCUAAGUCAAAACAAAUUUACAGGUCAAUUUCCUCAAUGUUUUGAUAGCUUGACCCAACUCCAAGUUCUUGAUAUCUCUUCAAACAACUUCAAUGGUACAGUUCCAUCUCUUAUCAGAAAUCUUGAUUCUGUUGAGUAUUUAGCUCUCUCGGAUAAUGAGUUUAAGGGUUUCUUUUCUUUGGAAUUAAUCGCCAACCUCUCGAAGCUCAAGGUAUUCAAACUUUCAUCAAGAUCUAAUUUGUUGCGUCUAAAAAAGUUGUCCUCCUUACAGCCAAAGUUUCAGCUAAGUGUCAUCGAGCUACAAAAUUGCAACUUGGAAAAUGUUCCAAGCUUUAUUCAACACCAGAAGGAUUUGCAUGUGAUUAACCUCUCCAACAACAAGUUAACUGGAGUAUUUCCCUAUUGGCUUUUGGAGAAAUAUCCAAAUCUUCGGGUUUUGCUUUUGCAGAACAACUCUUUAACCAUGCUUGAGUUGCCAAGACUACUUAAUCAUACUUUGCAGAUUUUGGAUUUAUCAGCCAAUAAUUUUGAUCAACGGCUUCCAGAGAACAUUGGAAAGGUUCUUCCAAAUAUAAGGCACUUGAAUCUUUCCAACAAUGGGUUUCAAUGGAUACUACCAUCGUCAUUCGGUGAGAUGAAAGAUAUUAAGUUCUUGGACUUAUCUCAUAAUAAUUUCUCUGGAAGUCUACCAAUGAAGUUUCUUAUUGGUUGUUCUUCAUUGCACACUUUGAAGCUUUCAUACAACAAAUUCUUUGGUCAAAUUUUCCCAAAACAGACAAACUUUGGGAGUUUGGUCGUGUUGAUUGCGAAUAACAAUCUAUUUACUGGGAUCGCAGAUGGGUUGCGUAACGUGCAAUCUCUUGGAGUGCUCGACUUGUCGAAUAACUAUCUACAAGGUGUCAUUCCAAGUUGGUUCGGCGGCUUUUUCUUUGCCUAUCUUUUUCUCUCCAACAAUCUUUUAGAAGGUACCUUGCCAAGCACGCUUUUUAGUAAACCUACAUUUAAAAUUUUGGACCUCUCUGGAAACAAGUUCUCGGGGAACUUACCUUCGCACUUCACUGGUAUGGAUAUGAGUCUAUUGUAUCUCAACGACAAUGAGUUCAGUGGGACAAUUCCAAGUACAUUGAUAAAAGAUGUUUUGGUACUUGAUCUGCGAAAUAACAAAUUGUCCGGGACUAUUCCGCAUUUUGUCAAGAACGAGUUUAUCCUCUCUCUUUUGUUGAGGGGUAACACAUUAACGGGUCAUAUUCCUACUGAUCUAUGUGGUCUAAGAAGCAUUAGGAUCUUGGAUCUUGCCAACAACAGAUUGAAGGGAUCUAUACCAACAUGUCUCAACAAUGUAUCAUUUGGGAGGAGGUUAAACUAUGAGGUUAAUGGCGACAAAUUACCAUUUGAAAUCAAUGACGAUGAAGAAUUCGCUGUGUAUUCUAGGUUAUUGGUUUUACCACGUCAGUAUUCUCCAGACUACACCGGCGUUUUGAUGUUCAAUGUUGAAUUUGCAUCAAAGAGUAGGUAUGAUUCUUACACUCAAGAAAGUUUCAACUUUAUGUUUGGACUUGAUCUGUCAAGUAAUGAACUCAGUGGUGACAUACCAAAGGAGCUUGGAGAUCUUCAGAGAAUACGUGCUUUAAAUCUGUCUCAUAAUUCCUUGUCAGGUUUGAUACCUCAAAGCUUCUCCAAUCUAACGGAUAUUGAGAGCAUUGAUCUUUCGUUUAACUUGUUGCGGGGACCGAUACCUCAAGAUCUAUCCAAGUUAGACUAUAUGGUUGUAUUCAAUGUGUCCUACAACAACCUCUCAGGCUCCAUUCCAAGUCACGGAAAAUUUUCUACGUUGGAUGAAACCAACUUCAUUGGUAAUCUUCUUCUCUGUGGUUCAGCUAUAAACAGAAGUUGUGAUGAUAACAGCACUACCGAGUUCCUUGAAUCUGAUGAUCAAAGCGGGGAUGAGGAAACAACAAUCGAUAUGGAAAUUUUCUACUGGAGUCUUGCUGCUACCUAUGGUGUAACAUGGAUCACAUUUAUUGUGUUUCUUUGCUUUGAUUCACCUUGGCGCCGAGUAUGGUUUCACUUUGUUGAUGCUUUUAUCAGUCUUUUCAAGUGUGUUUGAUUUGGUGUAUUUUCAUUGGUAUUUCAACUAUAUUCCAUGUUGUUUCACUUUGUAAGGUCGUCGAAAGUUCAAAGUUUGUUGUCUUUCUUUCUGGUAUAUAUCUUUUUGAAAGUGUU